AUGGCCUCCCUAAAUACCUCCACCAAUGGCCCCUCCAUCAAGUCCUCAUACAACGGCGUGGUCAAUUCCCCACCGCCCUCUGGGCCCGCCGCCAGCUCCCCGACCUACGGGCAAUGGGCGCUCUUCUCCGUUUCCGCCCCGCUCGUGAAUGCCUUCCAGCAGGACAGCGGCGGCAAGGAGAGUGUGCUGAAGGUGCAAAGUACUGGAGAGGGGGAGCUUGUUGACUUGAUCGAAGACUUCUCCGAAGGCCGCGUUCAAUUUGCAUUUGUCAAAGUCAAGGACUCAAACACCACUCUCCCAAAAUAUGUCUUGAUUGGAUGGUGUGGGGAGGGUGUGCCUGAAAGGACAAAAGGCUACUUCACCAGUCAUCUUGCCGCCGUUUCAAAGAUACUUCAUGGAUAUCAUGUCCAAAUAACGGCACGUUCCGACCGCGAUCUCACACCAGAGGGUAUUGUCCAAAAGGUAGCCGAUGCUUCAGGAGCCAAAUACUCCGCUCCCAAUAAUCCGCCCUCGGCCUCUUCUGGCCCACCUCCUCCUAUAGCCUCCAAGCCAGCUUUUAAUCCAACACGAUCGAGCGUUGCGACUUCCGGCUUCAAUCCUUUGGCGAGUUCUCGAUCAAGUCCUGGCCAAAAUGACACAAAUGUGGAUGAAGAUGGCUGGGGUGCGGAUGCACCUCAAGUGACGCGAUCACAACUCGAGAAGGUGGCACCAGCAUAUAAGCCUACUAAGGUCAACAUGGCCGAAUUGACAAAGCAGAAACCUGAGCCUGUGGGAUUUAACGGGCAGCGAAGAGAGGAGAGCACAGAAUCAAGCGACGUGGUAAAAGGUGGUUACCAACCAAUUGGGAAGGUCGAUAUAGCUGCUAUCCGUGCCCAAUCCAAGAAAACAGAAGAUAAUCGGCCAACAAUCGUCAAAGGGGCCUACGAACCCGUUGGAAAGGUCGACAUUGCUGCCAUUAGAGCACGAGCCCAAAAGCCAGGAGACGAUGGAAGUAGUAGACUUUCCCCCGCCGUAACAGGAGUUUCUGCUACAAGCCAUUCAAGCGACGAGUCGAAGCCUCUUGCUGAUCGAACUGCCGUCUUCUCCCAAUCAGAGCGACUCACGUCAUUGCCAAAGCCAAAGGUUGCCAAUAAGUUUGGAUCCGGCACAUCAAACUUUACCGGCACAAAACCACCCACUCCUGGUGUUUAUGGGCUACGGUCUCCUCCAGCAACGGCAACACCGCCGCCAGUUGGAGCUGCAAGUAGAACUUUUGCAGAUGAGGGCGGUAAGACCCCGGCUCAGAUCUGGGCUGAAAAGAAAGCACGCGAGACGGGUACCGGUGGAGCUGGGUCUGCCGCAACUGUCCCGUCAGCUAUAACAAGCCAGACGAGUGGAGGCGGAGAAUGGAAGAGUGGCUAUAGUGGCAAGUCUUGGGCCCCAGUGGCUACAACUACCACUGGGACAAGCAGCAUUGGCCAACAACGAACAGGCGAACAAGACGAACAAGAAGAACGAGAGGCUCCUGCAUCCCCAGCUGGCGGUAUUGGCGCACUGAGAGACCGCUUUAAGGGUGGAGUGCCAAUGGGUGCUCCCACCAUUCCAAGAUCCACGACUGGGGAUCAAUCACCCCCUCCACCACCCAUUAAUACCUCAAACCGACCAACUGGUGGUGUGGCCAUGCCCGGCCUUCCUUCACGACCAGAGCCAGAGGAGGAGGAGGAAGAAGUUCGCAGCAUGCCUCCACCUCCAGCACGAGCUCCACGCAGCCCAACACCGCCUACCCCAGAACGGGAAACCUCCCCUGUCAGAAUUGCCAUGCCAGUUCCCCGAAUCAAGGAACCCGAAUUCGAAAGGCACGAGCAGCGUACCCCAUCCCCACCUCUACCCACCGAAUCAAUUAGCCGCCGAGUUCCGGACGAAGAAGAUCUUACUGAGGAACCCGCUGGACAUGAUCCCGCACGAGGUGCGGGCGCCGCGGUCGCCGAAGCGUCUUUCGGCUCUCACGCCGGAACUGACCAAGGCGCUCCGGCCGGUGGCAAGAGGGCCCUAAUUCAGUACGACUACGAGAAAGCCGAAGACAACGAAUUAGAACUUAUCGAGGGAGACUACGUGACUAAUAUCGAGAUGGUCGACGAGGAUUGGUGGAUGGGGACCAACUCGAAGGGCGAGAGUGGGCUAUUCCCAAGCAACUAUGUCGAGCUAGUUGAGGAAGAAGAAAAGAGGGCCCCCGCGCCAGCACCAGUGCCUGCGGCACCAGCUGCUGCUCCGUCGUCCGCGCCAUCCGGACCUACCGCCACAGCAGUUUAUGACUACGAGGCUGCAGAAGAUAACGAAUUGAGUUUUGACGAAGGAGCCAAGAUCACUGGACUAGAAUUCCCUGAUGAAGACUGGUGGUUUGGUCAUCACGGUGGGAAAUCCGGACUGUUCCCAUCGAACUAUGUACAACUUGACGAAUAA